AUGGCUUCUGACAUAAUUGAUCUCGUCUCCUCAAGCCCACCUAGAGAUGCCAAGUCUUCCAGACGUGCGUCCUCAGAUAUUGGACAUAGAACUGGACAUGGUGGAAAGCGGCCGCGUGUGUUCUUCGAAGAUAAAUGGGCAUCGAAAACCUCGCCAGAUGAUAUCGAAGUCAUAGGCUCUAACGAGGUCGACAUCUGUACUAUGGCGAAAAGCUCAGGCAGAAUCUUGAAUCCAACCAAUACGCAACGUCUUCCAACAAAUGCAUUACCGAGCUCCUUUCCCGCAAGAGCCAUCGCGACGUCUCAACAAGCCGUUCCUUCCAAACAGUCAUCCUCGCUCUCGAAACCUAGGUCAGCAAAGAGCACGAGAAGAUCAAAAGCGACAAAGAGAAGCUGCAAUUGCAACUAG